AUGAAGUCAAUGUUUGAGGACUAUAAGUUGCAAUAUGCUAGUAGUUCACCUAUUGUAGUUGCUCCUUCUCCUCGUAGUACUUCCGGAGCUAGAAAAUACUUUGAUGAUUAUGACCAUUUUGUCGGUACUAGUGCAAGAUCUCAAGUAGGAAAUUCACAACUUGAGAUGUACCUAGAUGAUGAUGCUUUAGAUCUCAAUUCACAAUUAGAUAUUUUGGAGUUUUGGCAUCAAAGUUCUUUGAGGUAUCCUGUGGUAUCUAAGAUGGCACGGGAUUUGUUGACUAUUCCUGUAAGUACUGUAGCUUCGGAGUCUGCUUUUAGUAUUGGAGGAAAGACUGUUUCGGCAUCGCGAAGUUCAUUAAUGUCAAAAACAAUUCAAGCUUUAGUAUGUAUGCAAGAUUGGCAUCGUGAAAGCAAUCAUGUAGAGUCACAUUACAUUAAAGUAGUAAAGAUUUACUUGGCAGUGUGUAGAUUUGCUUUGCUAACUGUUUCUGUCCUUGCUGGGAGCAGCUUUUUUGCUUGUGUUGGUGUGGCUGGGAGGUGCUUUGUAGCUGCUGUUGUUGCUGGAGGCUAUUCUGAGUUCAUGAAGCACUCAGAGCCAAAGAGCUUUUGUGAAGUAGAUUGUGCUUCAUGUAAGCUAAUUUGUUCUUCUACUUCAUCAAGUGAACAUCAUUCACUUUCGGGAUCAGUUGCAUCAUCCGCCACUUCAUCGGCAACAUCAUCAGCAUCUCCAUCAGCGUCUUCUGGUUCUUCCUCCCCCUCUUCAUCAUCAUCCACUGGAGGAGCACCAAAAAACUCUCAUACAUCAAUUUACCCAACACCAUCAACACCAUCUUCUAAGCCAUCAACCCCAACCAUUCCUAAGGCACCAACACCUUCUUCUUCUACCCCAUCAACCUCAACUCCAACAUCGCCUUCAAGCCCUACUCCAUCGACAUCUUCUCCUCCUCAUUCUUCUAAUGCUGGCUCUAGAAAGAGAGCUAAAUGUAACAAUAAAAAGUACGGACAAUGUUAUAACCAAGAGCAUGUAUGCCCUGCUAAUUGCCCUACUUCAUGUCAAGUCGAUUGUGUCACUUGCAAGCCUGUCUGCAACUGUGACUAUCUAGGAGCGUUAUGUCAAGACCCUCGCUUCAUAGGAGGAGACGGUAUCAUCUUCUACUUCCACGGCAAGAAGGACAAAGACUUUUGCCUAGUAACCGACCCCAACCUCCACAUCAACGCACACUUCAUUGGUAAAAGAAAUGCAAACAUGGGACGUGACUUUACAUGGGUUCAAUCCAUCGGAGUCCUCUUCGACAACCAUCGUCUCUUCCUAGGCGCAAAGAAGACCUCCGUGUGGGACAAUGCCAAUGACCGCCUUUCCUUGGCCUUCAAUGGAGAGCCAAUAUACCUAGAAGAAACCGUAGGCUCCCAAUGGUCAUCCACCUCCACUCCUCUAGUCACCAUAACAAGAACAAGUAUAACCAACGACCUUAUCGUUGAAGUCCAAGGAAAACUCAAGGUCACAGCUAAAGUUGUACCUAUAACCGACGAAGGUUCUAGGGUGCACAACUAUGGCAUAACCGAUGAGGAUCGGUUUACUCAUCUUGAUCUCGGGUUCAAAUUUCUAUCAUUAACCGGAAAGGUUGAUGGUGUAUUAGGAAAAAUUUAUGCGAAUGAUUACGUGAGUCGAGUUAAUACUCGAUUAUUGAUGCUGGUUAUGGGAGGAGAAAGAGAGUAUGCUAGUAGUAGCAUUUUCGCCACUGAUUGUUUGGCUUCAAGGUUUGUUAGUGCUCAAGAUGAGACUUCAUUGCCAGCCAUGGAGCUUGCUAGCAUGAAUUGUGCUAGUGGGAUAAAUGUAGAGGGUGUUGUUUGCAAGAGGUAA